AUGGACUUUUAUCAGACAACAGAAGGAUCAAUUCUGAAGUGUACUGUCAUCAGCUGGACAAAUCCCCAAAAAUUGAAUGAUUCGCUUGAACAGAAAAGGCCGGAAUCGAUCAAUAGACAAGGUGUAGUGUUCCACCAAGAUAAUGGAAGACCUCAUACAAGUUUGAUCGCGCUACUAUUAGUAGCUUCCACAUCGACAGUAUAUUCGAAACCAGCACCGGAACCACCAGUGAACUCGUACUUCCCUCCGCCGAGUGGCCCUAGUCACUCAGGUGUAUCCGGAAAUUAUGGCCCUCCAAUACCAGACAGAUAUGGACCACCCCAACAACAGCCUGUCGUCCACAAACAUGUUUACGUUCAUGUGCCACCACCUGAAGCACCCGAAUACAGUCCACCAAAAUACAUACCACCCGCAAGUCCGCCACAGAAACAUUACAAGAUUGUAUUCAUAAAAGCACCGACUCCACCGACACCGACAGCACCUGCGCUACCACCAUUGCCACCUCAAGAUGAAGAAAAAACUUUGAUCUACGUAUUGGUAAAGAAACCGGAAGAAGCACCAGAUGUAGUGCUCCCGACUCAAGCACCAACGCAACCUAGUAAACCUGAAGUAUACUUCAUCAGAUACAAGACACAGAAAGAAUCACAGAGCACGGAAUAUGGACCUCCACAUCAAUCACCUCCUUCAGAUAACUAUGGUUCUCCACCAUCAAAUCCAGGUGGACCUUAUUAA